CUGCUGUCCUAUCCUGUCUGUGCGCUCUGGACCUGGACCCCCUCCCCCUCCCUCCUCUCCUCCUCUCCUCCUCACCGCGCGGAGCUCGACGCGCGCAGGCACAACACAUGGUCGGGCUGCAGGAGCGCACCAAUUUAACGCAGAAGUACUUUCGUUCCUCUCAACUUCCCAGAGACGUUUAGUGUAAUAAUAGCUUACAGGAGUAAGGGGGGGUUCUCCGAGGACCAACUCGACUCGGACAGUCACUGGAUUCUACGCUUACAGGCGGAAUUUGCUGCCAAGGUCAGGAGGAGGAGGAUGCCGUUUGGCUGUUUAACAAUCGGGGAAAAGAAGGAUUAUAACAAUCCUUCGGAGGUGACAGAUAAAUAUGAUCUGGGUCAGAUUGUUAAAUCUGAGGAGUUCUGUGAAAUAUUCAGAGCCAAGGACAAAACUACAAUGAAAAUGUAUACCUGUAAAAAGUUCAUGAAAAAGGAUGGAAGGAAAGUCCGCAAGGCUGCCAAAAAUGAGAUCGUCAUCCUAAAGAUGGUGAAGCAUCCCAAUAUCCUCCAACUGGUGGACAUCUUUGAGACCAAAAAAGAGUACUUCCUCUUCCUUGAACUUGCAACAGGCAGAGAGGUAUUUGACUGGAUCCUGGACCAAGGCUACUACUCGGAGCGAGACACCAGCAACGUGGUGCGCCAGGUGUUGGAGGCCGUCGCCUACCUCCACUCCCUGCAUAUUGUUCACAGAAACCUCAAGUUGGAGAACUUGGUUUACUACAAUCGCCUGAAGCACUCUAAAAUAGUCAUCAGCGACUUCCAUCUUGCCAAGCUGGAGAGCCGGCUGAUUAAAGACCCCUGUGGGACACCAGAGUACCUAGCUCCAGAGGUAGUGGGCAGACAGCGAUACGGCAGCCCUGUGGACUGCUGGGCAACCGGUGUCAUCAUGUACAUACUGCUGUCCGGCAACCCUCCUUUCUACGAUGAAACUGACGACGACGACUUUGAAAACCAUGACAAGAACUUAUUCCGAAAGAUCCUGGCCGGCGAUUAUGAGUUUGACUCUCCUUACUGGGAUGAAAUCUCCGAUUCAGCUAAGAGUUUGGUUGCUCGGCUGAUGGAGGUGGAUCAAGACCUGAGACUGACAGCCCAGGAGGCUAUAAACCAUGAGUGGAUCUCCGGCGGUGCGGCUUCAGAUAAGAACAUUAAGGAAAAUGUGUGCGCACAAAUAGAGAAGAACUUCGCCAGAGCAAAAUGGAAGAAAGCCGUGCGGGUCACCACCAUCAUGAAGCGUCUGAGAGCCCCGGAGCCCAGCCCUGCAGCCGGCGCCCCUGCAGCCGGUGCCCCUGCAGCCGGUGCCCCUGCGGCUCUCCAGGGUGCCACCGACCCCUCUGCGCCUUCAUCUUCCGCGACACCCGAGGAGGUGCCUGCCGCCGUCACAGAGCUCCCUGCUGGGGCGGAGAUAAACCAACCGGCACCAGAGGCCGGAGGCGAGGUGGCCGCCUCCCCUGCGGAGCCACGGCAACCGAGCCCUGCGCCACAGGAGGCUGAGCCCACAACGCGCUGUAAUGGGGAAGCUUCGGCUGAGCCCCAUGCAACCGCAGAGGGCGGGGAAGAGCUGGGUUAGACCCCCCCGACCCCCGCCCACCCGAACUCUCAUGACCUGUGUUCUCCCUGCCGACUCCUGCACACUGUACGUUAGCUGCUAGCAUGGUGACACUGACUCCGCUUCUCUCUCACUUGCAGCAUUAGUAUCAUCUCAUGGAGGCAGUGUGCUACCUGUCCCCAGCGCUGCUUUCCUUUUACACGUCAUGUGUCUUUUUUCACUGAUUAUUUAAAUCUUUUCCAUAUCCACACACUUGAGUUUAGGGGCAAACAGAUUUGCUGUCAAGCUGUGGCUUACAACUAAAUUGUUCUUUCUUAAUCUUCUCUUAGUGACGAGAGAUAUAGAGGAGGACGAGAGUGUGCUGCGAACGGCUUUGAUUCAUUUUUAAUGAGCCAACUUGAGAAACUUCUUGCAAUUAAAGUAUUUGUCCUUUUAUUCGGUGGAAAAGUAUUGCUUCUGAAAAUGUUCCUUGUACCGUGAUACUUAAUAAGUGCUAUAAGUGCUGGUCCUCACAUGGCGAAGAUCACAUAUUCCUGUUACGGGGCCAAUAUUGUUAUCCCUCUUAAUUUUUGUCUACACCAACGAGUCAUUUCCCGUUAAACAAUGCUCGAUUGGUGACUGGGAGCCAUUGGGCAUUUCGAACUAGGCAGCUUCACACACCUGCACACACACAAACACUACGUUCCUUCCUGCUCAGGGAAGAACCUCAUAGCUGUAGGUGUAAAGAUUGUACAUAGAGACCUUUGUAGAAGUAGCCAAAACAGCAUGCAUUCUUACUUUUUGCUGUUCAUUUUACACUCAAAUACUUGUUGGAUAAAGAUGCUACACCGCCAUGCUUCUCAACGUCUUAUCACACGCCGCAGAACGCUCGCCGAGGCUGACGUUCUUUUCAAUAGCACACGAUACAUUGUGCUGUCUAUCGCGACUGUUUUAGCACCCUUGCCGUCAAUGUUAGUUAUGUGAAGGAGAAAAUUACAGUCUGCAUUAUAUAUGAGCUCUAUGCAUUCAAAUUCAUUUGUAGCUUUUCUUUUUUUAGAGACUUCACAUGUCUUUAUUCAUCACGUCACAAAAAAGUGAAUUUGUUAGAUAGGAUUCCCUUUACACAAAUGUGCUGUGGUUUAAAUGGAUCUGGACUCAAAAUGCCACAUAUGUCUUAAUAUUUUGUAAUAACUGUAAAUCAAAAUGUGCAUUAACGGACAUGUGGUCAAAAGGAAGCCACACACCAUUUUGACCUUUUGGUGACAACAGUCAUCUUUUCUGUGUUAUAGAGAAUUAUGGGAAUCCUUUGUUUGAUAUUUCUGAACGUAUUGUUAAUUCAUAAAUAGUUUUAUUGCCAUACCUUUUUUCUUUCUUUCUGUUUAUGUUGUUUUUUAACACUUUCAGUCAUAUAUUUAUUCCAUAGAAUUUUCUCCUUAUACUUGAUGAAUCCUAAUAACAAUCUUUCCUUUCUUGUUGCCCUUUGGUCCCUUUGACCAUUAAUAACGAGCAACAGAAAGAUUUCUCUGGAACUAACUAACUAAGUUGAGCAAUAUUCGACUGGCUGCAGAAACUGUGAUUCCUAGUGUCCAUUCCAUCGAGUCCAUUCACCUGUAAGCAGAAGUUUAUCGUCCUUGCCAGCUGUGCGACCCAAUUUGGCAAUUUAAAGGGACAGUUCCAAAUCAAACAAACAUAUUUUAGAUAUUGAUCUACUUGCACGUAGUGCUACUUAUCAUUCUAGAGUUGUUUUGUGUGAGUUUUCACUUGGCUUGUGGUGCUCAAUACUCCAAAAAAUACAUUUGAACAUUAAUACAUCAAGGAUCUACAGACCUUAUUGUGAGCAGUGUAAAAAUAUCACUACAGAAGGAAAAAGGAAGAAGGAAAAAUGUAUAUUUUGAAAGGAACUACCUCUUACAAAAAUAUACAUUUACCUAACUUGUCAAAUACCGAUGUAUGGUCAGUGACCCCUGGGAUCCAAUAACAAUUCAAUGCUGUUUAGUGUCUGUGGGGCUCCAAGUGGGCCAAGCCCAUCUGCAUCAUUACUAAAACAGUCAUAGCAGCCAACGUAUCUUUAGUAAGGACAAAGUUUGUUGGGACUAUUCGGUCCAAUAGACUUUUUACCCAGAGACAAACGCUGACAUAUGAUCCCUUACUUUUGUCACAUAGAUAACUUGUCGAUCUAUGUAUGAAUACAGCAGCAUCAUUGUCAAUGUAAUGAUCAGAUUCCAUGUCCAAAGUAUAACAUUUCCAAUCUGUUGUCAACUGUGAACACCUGUGAAUUUAUAUGAAAAUGUGCAUUUUAGAUGAAACUGAACUUUGGAAGAAAACCGUUAAUAUCUGUGGAAUAUCCAUAUUUACUUUAUCAUACAUGUAUCUACUUUGAAAUUGUGCUUAGACAGGCCGAUCAUUCAGAAUAUACAACUAUUUGAUUUCUUACAUUGUUUAAUAUAUAUUUAGAGUAGAGGCUUAAAGUGAAGAAUAUCAGAGACUAUAAAAGUAAUCAGAUUAUUUCAUGUUGCCUGUUUUCUUUGUUUGGAUGGCAAAUAAAUACUGUUUGAACACUGUUACACAGUUUAAAGCAAGGCUUUCCUCUCCCCACCCCCACAAUGCAUUCCUCACUGUAUUUAAUAUUCCACCUCUGUUCAUUUCGCCGCGCACUUACAGGUGUAUUUGUAGAUGUGGUGUUUGCCAGGACCAGCGGUCACCUGUAGGUCCUGUCUUGCAUUUUGUGAGCUCUUAACUGUACUACUUGACUAGGGUGAUGACUUUAAUGGUAAAAAAAUAAAAUUCUAUUUCAUCUGUUUAUUCA